AGGUAAAUGAAAAACUCAUUCUCGCAAAUGGAAACAAUUCGAUUGCCAAUACGAGACGUUCUCUUGUAACAAUGGUAGUAUUGUUUUUGGACCUGCUUCAGUGAAAAUAAUCCCAAAUUGAAAUGGCACAGAAAGAGAUAACUUUUCGAUGCAAUCGAUUUUAAAUGAAGUACAUGGAUCACCAGUAUAAUCGUCAUUGAAAUCAUAAAUUGCUGUCGUUGGAAAGGAAUACAAAAAUCGGUUUAUAGAACAUUAUAGGAAGGAAAAGAACACUAUGUCUAAUAAGACAAUAACUGAUGUUGAGAUCCACAUCGGGGCCGCUGAUGAGCUCCUUCGCGAUCUCGAUGAGGCAAUCGAUGGUACAAAGUCCGAACCCCGCUCCGUGGAUCGUGAUCGACGAGUGAAGAGGAGAUCGUUUGGACAACGUAGCGUGGGCGCCUCGGACUCUGGCGUGAGCUCCGGGAGUGAAAGCGUGCACGAAGUCGACUAUGAGGAAAGAAAAUCACUGCUGAAAUAUGUGGAGGACCACGUGGUUGGAAGAGAUACGUGGGCAGCAGGACCAUUCGGUGAAAGACAAAUUGUGUAUUGUGAUUACACUGCCUCGGGCAGACCUCUUUCGUUUCUAGAAGAUUAUAUCACGAAACACGUUCAACCACUUUAUGCCAAUACCCACACUACUACUGGUAUCAUGGCAAGACAAACCACACGAUUCAGAAAAGAAGCAAGGGACAUCAUCAAGAAGUGUGUGAACGCCACGGAUGAUGAUGCGCUCAUCUUUACUGGUAGCGGGACCACUGGGGCUGUCAAUAAAUUGGUCUCCGCCCUUAUGCUUACAGGUGAAAGAGCAAAAAAGGCGGUAGUGUUUAUUGGGCCUUACGAACAUCACUCCAACAUUCUACCUUGGAAGGAAUCUGGUGCCAAGAUCGUACGAAUUCGUGAUGACGAGCAUGGAAUGGUGAAUUUGAAGUUACUGGAAGAAUCACUGAAAACCCAUCAAAGGAAAGGACGGCUUCUGAUUGGUUGUUUCUCAGCAGCAUCUAACGUCACAGGGAUCAUCUGCAAGACUGAUCCUGUGGUGGCGCUCUUGCACAAAUAUGGCGCCUUAUCAUUUUGGGAUUAUGCUACAGCUGGUCCUUAUCUCAAGAUUGACAUGAAUCCUUCAAACACAGGGAUCACGGGAGACUGCAGAAAAGACGCUGUCUAUCUAUCUCCUCACAAGUUUGUUGGUGGAGUUGGCACACCAGGCAUUCUAAUCGCGAAGAAGAAGCUGUUUCUCAAUACAGUACCUCAUUCAGUCGGCGGUGGCACGGUUUUAUAUGUAACACGAGACACACACCACUAUCUUGAAAAUAUUGAAGAUCGUGAAGAAGGAGGAACACCAGCUAUUGUAGAGUCCAUUCGAGCAGGUUUAACCUUUAAAUUAAAGAACAGCAUCGGGACGGACAUCAUAGGAGAAAGAGAAAGAGAACUUACUUCAACUGCCUUCUCAAGAUGGAAGAGAAAUGGAAACAUCAUCUUUCUUGGAAGCACAAAGACCGAUCGACUGCCAAUAUUCUCCUUCCUCAUCAUUCAUCCAAAGACUGGAAAGAUGCUUCAUCAUAACUUCAUCGCUGUCCUCCUCAACGACCUCUACGGCAUACAGGCUAGAGGAGGAUGCGCAUGCGCAGGACCUUAUUCCCAGGAUCUAUUAGGCAUCAACGAGGACCUUGCUGCUAAGUUUGUAUAUUUCUUAAAGGAUGAUAGUGAGUUGAAGAAGAUGGGUUCCAAACAAUUCAUUGAGAGGCUCAAGAAAACAACAGCACCGCUAGAAAUUAUGAAGCCUGGGUUUAUACGUCUCAACCUUCCCUAUUUCUUUUCUGAAGACGUUGUGGAAUAUGUUCUUGAAGCGGUUGAUACAAUCGGCAAACAUGGAUGGAAGAUGCUCUCUCAGUACACCUGUGAUCCUGUGAGUGGUAGUUGGACGUAUGUUGGUGCCGAGGAGUCCGGUACGAUAUCACAUCACACGGAGAGCCUUCACGAUGCUGUAUUCAGCCAAGGGAGUUUUAUUGUCCCUCCUUCUCAUUUCAUUAAUGGAAGACAAACCCUUCAAACAGAUGCAUUCCAGAAUGCUUUAGCAGAAGCUGACAGACUCUUUCAGAAGGUUGGGUAUAAAAAGGAGUUUUCACCUGUUGCUCUGCGUGAUACGGUUGGUGAGGGCGUAGGAGAUGCAGAUCUUAUCUGGUUCUUGAGACCACAUGAAGCUGCCUAUCACAUUCAAUUUCCGGACGCGGAUUACGCAGUUACACGCCCACCAACAGCAGCUGACCACGUGGACAGUGGAAUAAGCCAAUCACGACCAACGACGGCACCAGACGCCAGAAGGCUGAUGGGCAAAGCACCAUUUGUACCCAAGAAAUACGCGAGAGGUAUUCAGCGUAGGUCAAGAAGUGCCAAGGUACAUGAUGUUGAAAAUUCCAACAUGGUUCAGCAUACGUGUGCCAUACUUUGAAUAUGAACUUCAUUAAAAAUAAUUAUGGCCGUAUUCUGAAGUCUGAGUUAACUUAUCCAAUGUGUUAUGGGAAGGAAAAAAAAACCUCCCAAUCGCAUUAACAUUAUUAUGUUACCUAUCUUUAUUAACCCUUUCCCCAUGUUAUAAUAAUGAAGAUAACUAUUUUGGUAAUAAUGUCCUGUGAGUUUUAAAUGAUUUGAGUAUUAAAUGAGCUGACAAACUGAACUUGCAUACUGUUAUAGAUACCAGUCAUAAGUGGCUAUGCACAGUUAAACCACAUUUUAUAAACCAGAGUUUGAAUAAAACCCAAGUUUGUUACUGCACUGACGAAAUUAUACCAACAAAAAUUGCAAUGCAGGUUUUCCUCCGAAGUUUUGUUGACGUUUUCAUAUUUUUGUUGAUUAUUUUCAUGGGGUUUUGGCCAGGCAAGGUCACUGUUCCUGUCGAGAUCCGACCUUGUGAGGCUGUGAUUGAUUCGUUCAAAAUAAUGCUUGCCAACUAAAAUAAGGUACUUCUAGUUUAAAAAUAUGUUUUUAAUGUUUUUUUUUAUCUUGCAUGCUCACACCAAUCAUUAUUUAACAAUACUGUAAAUAUAUAUUUGUUUGCAUUGUAUAUUUGUGCAUUGUAUAAUCUGGUUUUCUCUUCCCUAUCACUCUAAGAAAUAUUGGGUGAAUGUGCUCCAUGAGGAAUGAGGGUAAUUAUGUAUCCAACACUGGGCAUUUCUUUUGGGCAUCUUUAUUUAUCCAGUAUGAUGAAAAUUUUGCCCAUUCCAAAUUAAUUGCUGCUUAUUUAUUUAAUUUACUGGAAAAUAUUCUUCUUGCAUUGGAUAAAUCCUGCCCCACAUUGGUUGGACACAUAAUCACCCUCGUGUUGGUAAAAAUUUUACAUCGUUCGAGGCUUCCAUCAAUUUCAAUCUCCAAGCUUUACAUGGCGGUAUCCGAUAUUUACGAUAUACAUGUAAUGUAUUUAUUCAUUUUUGAGGUUGUAUACAUUUUUCAACUUUUUUUUAAGAGAAAAAAUCCUAAGUAUGAUUUAUAUUUGACUCGGAAAAAUACUCAGAUUGUCAUUAUGUUAUCAUUAUGUUUGAUAUAUGCUUGUAUAUAGUUUGUAUUGAAAUGUGUAAAUAAAAUUGAAUCAAAUCAAAUAAAAAUAUUUCGUGAAAGGCGAAAUAUAUAAUAUUAGAGAUAUUAGAGAUAAUUUUCAUUACUUAAAAAGUAAAGCAUAGGGCGGCAAAUGCUUUUAUAAUAACAAUGUAAAUGGUUUCAGUGUGUGGUAGUUAAUAUAAAUUAUAUAUGAAUUAUAUAUACAUUUAUUUUCUAUAUCUACAUAAACAAACAAGAUUGUGGUUUUGCUUCUAUAUCAUUUAUAAACUAAUUAAAACGCCAGAGAAGGAAUUCAAAUUCUAGAAACAUGGCGAACUUGACCUAAAGUAUAGGUCGAGUAUACUAUACAUGUAUGUGUAUGUAUAAUGCAUGAACUUACGUUUAUACAAUAAAUAGGAAUAAAAAAUUGUGUUUCUUUCAUACCAAUACGUCAUUAUUUUACCCUAAAUCUAUUACAUUUGGGUUGAUUUUCAAAAGAACAAGAAAUCCAGGCAAACAACAAGUGGUAAAAUCGCUAGUCAUGAAAUAAACCAUUAAUAAUGUUCAUAAUUCACAAGACAAGUUAAUAAUGACAAUGUGUGAAUAAUUCUACCUGAAGGCUCAUUAUUCAUAAUUAAAUUUUUUGGUUGCUGGUCAGAUUCGAAUGAGGUGUUCCUAUCGUAAUAAUAAAAAAAAAUGAAUAUCUAUUUAAAAUUGAUUUGAAGGAUCGAUC